CACCUCUCCACUUCCACCCCAACACCCGAAAACGACGACGAUGGCCGCUUUCGCCGCUGCCCCCGCCCUCUCCGCCCGCGCGUUCUUCGCCAAGUCCUCCGUGAGGGCCAAGAAGACCUCCGUCCGCGCCCAGGCUCGCGCCGCGCUCAAGGUCGAGGCGAAGAAGAAGUCCGUCGGCGACCUCAAGAAGGCUGACCUCGAGGGCAAGACCGUGUUCGUGCGCUGCGACCUCAACGUGCCCCUCGACAAGGAUCUCAAGAUCACCGACGACACCCGCAUCCGCGCCGCCAUCCCCACCCUCGAGUACCUCGUCGAGAACGGCGCCAAGGUCCUCGUCACCUCCCACCUGGGUCGCCCCAAGGAUGGCCCCGAGGACAAGUUCCGCCUCACCCCCGUCGGCGCGCGCCUCUCCGAGCUCCUCUCCUGCUCCGUGUCCAAGGUUGACGACUGCGUCGGCGACGUCGUCAAGGAUGCCGUCGGCGGCAUGGCCAACGGCUCCGUCUGCCUCCUCGAGAACGUCCGCUUCUACAAGGACGAGGAGAAGAACGGCAAGGACUUCGCCAAGCAGCUCUCCGAGUACGCCGACCUCUACGUGAACGACGCCUUCGGCACCGCGCAUCGCGCGCACGCGUCCACCGCGGGUGUCACCGAGUUCCUCUCCCCGUCCGUCGCGGGUUUCCUCCUCCAGAAGGAGCUCGACUACCUCGACGGCGCCGUGUCCAACCCCGACCGCCCCUUCUGCGCGAUCGUCGGUGGGUCCAAGGUGUCCUCCAAGAUUGGCGUCAUCGAGACCCUCCUCAACAAGGCUGACAAGGUGAUCCUCGGCGGCGGCAUGAUCUUCACCUUCUACAAGGCGCUCGGCAAGGAUGUCGGCUCCUCCCUCGUCGAGGACGACAAGAUCGACCUCGCCAAGGAGCUCAUGGCCAAGGCUGAGGAGAAGGGCGUCAAGCUCCUCCUCCCCACCGACGUCGUCGUCGCCGACGCCUUUGCCGCCGACGCCAAGACCCAGACCGUCUCCGUCGACGCCAUCCCCGACGGCUGGAUGGGUCUCGACAUCGGCCCCGACUCCGUGAAGGAGUUCCAGAAGGAGCUCAACGAGUGCAAGUCCGUCAUCUGGAACGGUCCCAUGGGCGUGUUCGAGAUGGACGCCUUCGCCAAGGGCACCUUCGCGAUCGCCGAUACCCUCGCCAACCUCGAUGGCAUCACCAUCAUCGGCGGCGGCGACUCCGUCGCGGCUGUCGAGAAGGCCGGCCUCGCCGACAAGAUGUCCCACAUCUCCACCGGCGGCGGCGCCUCCCUCGAGCUCCUCGAGGGCAAGGUGCUCCCCGGCGUCGACGCCCUCGAUGAGGCGUAAAUUUGUCCGAGUAGUUGAAAGUCUCGGCGCAGACUACGCAGCAGAGGGUGUAUGAUUUCUUGUGAAAGCAUUGCUUAGGAGUGUGGGCACACACCAACCUUAUUAAUAUUUGAGACGAACAACAUUUCGCAUCA